GAUUCCAGUUGUUCUAAUCGUGACGUCACGUCAUCCUAGUUGGGUUAGGUUUUACGCUGGAAAUUCUCGACGAAAAAAAAAAAAAAAAAAAAAAAAAAAAGUUGGUUCUUACAGAAUCAAAUGUUUUUGCCUGUGAUAACUGUUCAUAAGUCAUUCGUGCUGUAUAACAUAAAAGUUUAGUGUACAUUAUUUUGUGUAUUAUUUAAUUAAAUAACUGUGUCACGUGAAAAGACGUGUGGCUCUACGAGGCACCGUUAAUAUUUGCAUGUACAUGACAUUAUAAACGGAAAAUGAGUCGACAUGAAGGGGUUAGCUGUGAUUCUUGCUUAAAAGGUAAUUUUCGUGGACGCAGAUACAAGUGCCUAGUGUGCUAUGAUUACGAUUUAUGUGCAAGUUGUUAUGAGGCGGGUGCAACAACAACUCGCCAUCUCACUGAUCAUCCCAUGCAAUGCAUAUUAACACGAUCUGAUUUUGAGCUUUAUUAUGGUGGUGAAGGUGUCAGUGUUGAACAACCACAAUCAUUGACCUGUCCAUAUUGCACAAAAAUGGGUUUUACAGAGGCAACAUUACAAGAACAUGUUGCAGCAGAUCAUUCAGAUACAACUUUCGAAGUGGUUUGUCCAGUUUGUGCAUCAUUACCAGGAGGUGAUCCAAAUCAUGUUACUGAUGAUUUUGCAAAUCAUUUAACUCUUGAACAUCGAAGUGGUCAAAGAGAUUUAAUAUCAUUUUUGGAUGAACCAACAUCAAGUAGACAUGGUCCACGAAGAAUACCACAUCCAUCAAGAGGUGUAGGUGGUCCACGACCACGCAGGUCCAACAUGCAUUUUAGUUCAUCUGGUGGAUUAAGCCCAAGUAGUAGAGAAGGUAUAGAUCCAAUUGCCGAAUUGUUAUCUCAGUUGUCAGGCGUACGUCGUAGUGGUAGUGGUACAGGCCAAAGUUCUCAAUUGCAACAAUUACAAAUGCAACUACAGCUAGAACGUCAGCAGGUUCGAAGUGCUACGAGGCAUCAAUUAGAAAGACUACCAAGAAGACAAACUCAAGUUAUUGGUUCAGUAAGUGGUGGUGGUAGUUCUGGAAGUGGUGCUGCUAGUGGAAGUGGUAAUACUGGAACAAGUCAUUCAACGACAAUGGCAGGAGUUGUUGCCAAUAAUACAGGAAACAGUAACAAUGCUGCUAAUUCUGCUACCCCGUCCAACGUCAACCCUGCCAACAAUCAAAAUUCAAUGUUUUUGUUACCUCGAUGUAUAGCAACAACAUUGACAGAUUCACAAUUGCAAAGUAUUGAACGUGAAAGUGCAAAUAAAAGUUUAUUUGCUCGUGAACUUGUUAUUGGUACAUUAACACAAACAUUAGCUGAAUUAACAUUACAACAACAUCAACAACAGCAACAAUUAUCAGCAGUACAAACUCCAGUGUCAAAUAUAUUUACAACAAGUCCUGAGACACCAAGUGCCAGUACUACUUUAACGUCAAAAAAAACAAAUCAACAGCAUGAUACUAAAAGAGAUCAUCAUCAUCAUCACCAACAACAAUCACAACCACAACCACAACAGCAGCAGCAACAACAACAACAACCACAGCAGCAAGUAUCAACAGUAACUGGUACAACGACAACUGGUAAUGGUACAACAACCAAAGCAAAUGUCACAGGACAAGGUACACAAUCACAAGCAACAACUGCUUGUCAAGGAUUACCCUCAAAUCCAAGUGGUAUUGGGACACAAAAUUCAUCAAUGGUUCAGACAUUAAUGCACAGUGUUUUACCUCAACCAUUGGCACUCCAACAACCACUACCACCACCAAUAAGAAAUACUGGAACAGGUACAAUUAGAGAACCAAUAGUAACAACAGCACCAGUAUAUGCUCGUGGUGGUGUUGGUCCAGUUGGUGUAACUGGUACAUCACGUCGAAAACCUGUAAGAGCUGUCGACGGUAGAAACCAAUCGACAGAACCUCCACCUCCUCACUAACCCUAAAUUUUUUAGGCUUUCAUCCUUGUUUAUUAUUAUUAAUAUUAUUAUUUUUUUUUUUUUCCCUCCUUUAUAUAAAUAUAUAUAUAUUAUUUUUUUUUUUUUUCUUUUUUUCUGGUUCCCCCUGUCGAUACCAUCUGCCUGACUUUUAGCACUAGUCCUAGCACUGUUUAGAACACCUUAUCAUUGUUGUUAUUAUUAUUAAUAUGUAUGAAUAAUAAUUAUUUCGACCAGUUCUUCUUUUUAACCCGCCUGUCUGAAUACUGCCUGCGUGAAUACUUUUUUUUUUUUUUUUUAAUUUUCUUUUUUUCUUUUGCAAAUGAGUAAAGAUACAAAAGAAAAAAUUUGAGGAUAUAUUACUAGAAGGAUUUAAAUUGAACAUAAAAAAAAAAAGGCUUAUGGUAAAAAAAUUAAUAUUUAAAAAGUAACGAGAGCACUGAAAAAUUUAAAAAAAAAAAUGGCACGAGAAUAAAUAGAAAAAAAAAAUAAAUACUGUCGGUAAUUAUUCUUUUAACUUGAUCAUUGUUUAUUCUAAUUGUCAGUGAUUUUUAAAAGCGUAAUUUAUCAAGCAAAUAUAAUGUAAGUAGAUAUGUUCAACCUUAAUAUAAUUAUUUCUAGUUAAUUGGAAACAUAAAAAAAAAAAAUAAAAAAGCUUCAAAGAAAAAAAAAUUAUAGCUAGAUAAAAAAUUUGUAUAAUAAUCUGCAAAUUUUUUUUUUAUAUUAUAUUCUAGUUUAUCAUUUAUUUUUAUGAUUUUUUUUUCGUACUAUUUAAUUUGUAAUUGACAAAAAUUUUUGGAAAGCAACAAUAAAAAAGGUUGUUUAGAUUUAUAAUUUAUAUUGAGUCUAUUAUAUUAUAAAAAAUGUAUAUUUUUUUUUUUUUUCUUUCCACAAUUUUUGUCUGAUAUAAUUUUGUUUGAAAAAAUGAAUACUUUUAUUAUUUUUUCUUUUAAUAAUAAAAUACUUUUGAUUGAAAAAGUUGAUAGCUUUUUUAGAAUAAAUUAUUUAAAGAAAUAAAUAUCUGCUAAAUGCUGCAAUCAUUUGUUUUUCGAGUGUUGAAAAUUAUAUUUUUAAGUAUAUGUUACUCUGCUAUGUUUGAAUAAUUAUUAUCAUUUGAUUUUUUUUUUUUGAAGUGUGAUACAGUAAUAACAAAAAAUUAAAAAUAUAAAUUUGUCAAAUAAAAUCGAACCAUGUGCAUAAAUAUAUACACCUAGAAAUUUUUUUAAUAAAUCAAUUAGACUACUUGUCAUCAUGAUGAUUAUAUUAUUUGUCAUCUAAAUUUUUUAAAAUAAUUAUUGAUAAACAAAAAAUGAUCUUUUUAAAAAUUAUUUUACAAUAUAUUUUUAAUUUAGAUGUAUACAAAAAAAUCUGAGAAAUAAUUCAACAAUUAUCCCAGUGAAAAAUGAAUGAAAAAAUUUAUUGUCAGGCUAUUUUACAAGAUUGUAUUGAUUGUUUUAAUAAUAAUUCAAACAAAUUUAUAAUGAAAAUUAAAAAACAUCAAUUAAAAAAAGAAGAAAAAAAAAAAAAAGUAAAAACAAACUGUGUGUGUAUGAAGAAGGCGGGCUAAAAAAUGACUUUUAAUUUUCUAAAAUUAUAUACAACAAUUAUUUUGUCACAAGUGCGUAAUGUAAAUAAUUUCCGCAUGAAAAAAUAACAGUGCUUACAUUACGUAUGUGUAAAAAAAAAACCAUUUUUUGUUUUUAAUAAUAAUACAAAUACACUAAAAUCAUUACAAAAAAAAUUUUAAUAUUUUUUAUUUUUCACACAUUUGAAUGAUUCUUUUGCGAUUUAUUAUCGCAACUGUGUGACAAUAAAUAACCGCACUAAAACCGGUGCGAUAAUGUCAUGAUUUUCUUGUAUGUGUAUAAAAUUUAAAAAAAAAAAAUAAGCAUCGACUCUUAAUUUAAAAAAAAUAAAAACAAAUGGAAUUUCCCACAACCCACGAUUUAUUCAUUGCUAUAAUUAACGCAAUUUUAAUUAAUUAUAUUAAUAUCCGUCAUUAAUGAAUUACUACUAUCGUACGGCUUGUUUGUAUCUGUAUUUGUGG